CUUCACAACAUCCUCUGGCAAGGAGUUCCACAGGUUGACGGUGUGUUGUGUGGGCACUGAUGGGAUGUGGGGGGCAGCGGGUGACGUCCCACCCUCCCCACGCGCGCACUGCCUGGCUGGGCUUGGCAGGAGCCAACACACCCCGGGGAUGGGCUCACUGCACAGCAGACAGGCCGGGGAAGAGAUACCUCUGGGAGUGUACGGGGGGUCCCACAGGGCUGCUGCGUGGCUCAGGAGGGCAGUUCACCCACCCGGGUCCCCCCUUCACUGGUGAAACUGAGGCUCAGCCCCCCAGGGCAGCAGGACGCAGCAUCCUCUGAGGGGUCCAGCCCCGAGGAGGCCCCAGAGCCACGGCACCUGGGAGACCCCCAGAGGGGGCUGGGCUGGACCUGCCGGAUGGGGGGGGGUUGGGGACUCCGCUCCCAGGGCAGAGCCAGCUGCUGAUCUCCCCGUCCGAGCCGCAGAUUGACUCUCCCCCUCCCCCUGCAGCGGCCCCCCCCGGGCGCCCGGAUUUCACCCAUGCCAGCAACACCCCUCUGGCGCUGAGCGCCGUGGUCCUGCUUGUCCUGGGGCUGAUCCUGGCCGAGGCCUAUCACAGCCGCCCGAGGGGGGCGCCCUAGGGGAGGUGACCCCCCCUUCUGUGCUCCUUGCUCCCCCCCAGGGGCUGGGCCCAGGGUGACGCGAGCCCCCCUAACCCGCCAUCUCUCUGCACCCCCAGGAGCCUGGAUCUGGCCAUGCAGGGAAGAGAUUCUCUCAAUGCACGAGCCUCACAUGGUGCCAUGGCUCAUGUCUCACGUGGGCAGGUUGGCAGGCUGAGAGGGAAGGCUUCAGAGUCAGACCCUCCAGCACCAGAAAAUGCCAGUUACGGUUUCGUGAACACCCUUAACUCUGCCCCCUCGAGCACAUGCAUUAUGAUGCCAGCCUUUAAUUGCAUGACCACGUAUUAAUUUUACCGACAUGGGUCUCCAGCUGCUUGAACCCAGAAUGUAAUAAUGGGGGACGGGAGGGAUCUGCGGUGGAAGAUUGAUGACCAGACCCCGUGGUCUCCUGGAUCCCAGCCCAGUGCACCUUCCCCAAGGCUGCAGGGUACAUUGAGUGUCACCUGUCCCCACUCCCCACAGAGACAAGGACAAGCUGUGAAUUACGUGACACUUGACCAGGCUGACAGCCCCAGGAUUUCCUGGGCGUUGCAGGGACCGCUGCUUAUUUUGGCUCCAGUAGAUUUAGCUGGCAGAUUAGAGACAACGUGGGAGGGAUGCAGGAAGAGAUGAGCCAUCCCUGGCUUCCUGUAGAGUUCUUCACUUGGGGCUCGGUGGAGCUGGGCACUGGGGUGUUGGUGGCAGCGCUGAGGGGCCCCUCCCUGCCCCUGUCAUGGCAUCUGCUCUCACCGUCCUCCUUCUUGGCUGCUGGCUGGCCGGGCAGAUCGGGAUAUCGGGACCAUUCCUUUGGUCCAGCCCUUCCAUCUCCGUCUGCCCCAGCGGGGUGAUCGCCCCGGGGGCAGCCGUCACCAUCCGCUGUCAGUGUUGGUGUUGGGGCAGGAGGUUAUUUCUGGACAAAGAUGGAAUCGAAAUCUGGGACCUGUCUGCCGAUGGGGACGAAUUCACCAUCCCCAGCGCCAGGUGGGAAGACGCAGGGGCCUACAGCUGCCGAUCCCAUGCCAUGUGGGAGCCGCCCAACUGGUCGUACGCCAGUGACAUCGUGCGGAUCGUUGUUGCAGAGACCUACUACCCCAAACCCACCAUCUCCCUGCGCCCCAGCGUGGGGGUCGCCCUGGGGGGAGCCGUGACCAUCCAGUGUCGGGGUCGGCACCAGAACGUGAGGUUCCUUUUGUACAAAGUUGGAAACCCGAACACGCUACAGGGCGUAGAGCCGGCUGGGGACAUGGCCGAGUUUUCCAUUCGCAACAUGAGCCGGAGAGACACAGGGACCUACAGCUGCCGAUAUAGCACCAAAUCAGACCCGCCCGUCUGGUCGGAGCCCAGUGACCCCGUGGAGCUGGUGGUAGCAGAGCUCCCUGCGCCCGGACCCUCCAUCUCCGUCAGCCCCAGCGGGGUGAUCGCCCUGGGGGGAGCCGUCACCAUCCGCUGUCAGUGUCGGUGCAAGGCCAGGAGGUUAUUGCUGUGUAAAGAUGGAGUCCAAAUCUGGGAGCUGGAUGUUGCUGGGGACCGGGGUGAAUUCACCAUCCCCAGUGCCAGGUGGGAAGACUCAGGGGUCUACAGCUGCCGAUCUCGCUCCAGAUCGGGGCCGCCCAACUGGUCGGAUCCCAGUGAUUAUGUGCAGAUUGUUGUAGCAGAGCUCAGAUACCCCAAACCCUCCAUCUCCCUGCGCCCCACUGGGGGGGUCGCCCUGGGGGGAGCCGUGACCGUCCGGUGUCAGGGUUCGCACCAGAACAUGAGGUUCCUUCUGCACAAAGUUGGAAACCGAACUGCGCUGCAGGACACGGAGCCGGUCGGGAAUGUGGCUGAGUUUCCCAUUCGCAACGUGAGCCGGAGACAUGGGGGGAACUACCACUGCUAUUAUUACUCCAAAUCAGACCUACCCGUCUGGUCGCAUCCCAGUGACCCCGUGGAGCUGGUGGUGGCAGAGGGAACCGAUCCAGCUGGGCCCCAGCAGCCGGAUCCCCCCAUGAUGGAGCCGGAGGGAGAAGAAGCCCCCUCGGGGCGCCUGGAUUUCACCCACGCCAACAUCACCCGCCUGGGGCUGGGCGCCGUGGUCCUGCUCAUCCUGGGGCUGAUUCUGGCUGAGGCCUAUUACAGCCGUCCAAGGGGGGCGCCCUAGGAGCCCGGAUCCGGCCGUGCGGAGAAGAGAAUCUCACUGGGGGACGAGCUGCUCCCCCUUGGGGGGCUGAGACACCGGCACAACCCCCCUGCCCCCAAACACCCUGGCUCGAAAGUCCCCCCCAGACUGCUCCCCACCCGACUGCUGCUCCCCAGGAUUGAACCCCGGACUUCUGGCCCCACGAGCACCAGCCCCUGCGGCACCAGCUAGAGGAGCUGCCCCAGUGCUGGGUGCAUCGGGCUCCCCACGGAGCAGCCCCUGGAGGGCAUCGGGGUCCCACUUGCUGGCCCAGCUGGGCUGGUCUCUGCCUGGGGCUGUCAGUGGGGAGGGGGACACUGCGUCUGGCCCUGGCACUGGAAUAACGGCACUUACUGCCCCCAAGGUGUCUGUCCCCUUCCUCGCUCUGCAGUGGGGUCCCCCAGCCCCUUUUCUCUCCCCCUUUCUCCCUAGACCUCCCCCGCCCUGAAUUUCUAUAGUACAAACCCCCAGAACUUCCUUCUCCCCUGCCCCCAAAUCUCCCCACCCCAGGGGGGGCUGUGAUACCGGAGCCUCCCAAUGUCCCCCCGUGGUGGGUUCAGCCGACGAGGGCGAGUGAGAAGUUCAGGCAGCGUCACGAGAACCUGGACGAAUGAACGUUGGGGGGAAAGUCGGCGAGACAGAAAGACGGGAUUCGUCCAACCCGAGCGGCCGCCGGACGGACCCCACGGGCCGGGCUGGGGCCUACCUGGGACACGGGAGGGGGGGGAGCAGAAAUCCGUGACCCCAAAUUGGGGUGUCAGAAACGAGGCCUCAUUGGUGGAUAAAAUAUUGUGGGGAUGGGCUGUGCCGCCCACCUCCCUUUGGGGCCUUAAAGAAAGAGACUCGCUUCGCCCUCCCGGCUGCCACCCCCCGUCUCCUGGGCCCCCCGGGCUGUCUGGACCCUGCUCCGCAGAUACGUCCUGAGCAGAGCGGCCGGAGAGAGGGACCCCGGCGCCAUCACCCCUCCCCCGGCUGAACCCCCAACCCGGGAGGAAACAGGGUGGCACUUUGACAGCAGCCACGGCGAAGCCGGCUCCAGCCCAGCUCCGCCGGCUCCUCUGCCCCCCAGGACAGUCGCUAGCGUCUCCGGGGCCAGUGGGGAGACGCCCAAACCUGGGGGAUUUUCCGGCUAGAGACUCGCUCCAGCGAACGGGGCCGGGGCCGGAACAAACCCCUCGUUUCACACGGCGCCUGCCACGGCUCCCUGGUUCCUGCUCUGCUGGGUCUGUCACAGCCGGUCCCAGGGGUCACUGGGGGGUUUGCUGUGGGGCUGAGCAGGCUGCGGGCUCUGGACCCCGCCCCAGGCCCAUGUUUAACUCUGUUCAGUGUGGGGAAGGGGCUGGGGCGUGUUCGCACCUCGGGCCCUUUAUUGUGUCUCCAUGAACACAACUGGGGGCCCCCAUUGCAGGUGUUUGGGGAGAGUCGGCUGGGGGGAGCCAGGAGUUUGAGGGAAGUAG